GACCGACCAACCCCCCAUGCGGGGUUUUGGAUUUGACCAAUGCCUCCGCAGCAGGGUCCCUCGAUGCCGCGGGACGUGAAGGCGCUACAGAGGCAUGGCGAGUCACAGUAUCGCUGGAAAAACUAUAAAAAUGCACUCGAGGCUUUCUCAAAGGCCCUUGCGCUGGGACGAGGAGACUCAGUUGCUUUACUCAAUGGGAAAGCUGCCGCACAUUGUGCUCUCGGUGACCUGAAAGCUGGUUUGAGAGAUGGAAAACAAAUGAUCCGAAUCGACAAGUCCGACCCGCGGGUAUUUCCAAGCUCUCUGGCGUAGUACUAUCUAUUCGUGUCUUAUAAGCUCCUAGGGCUACCUUCGAACCGCGAAGAUCCUGCAGCUGAUGCAAAAAUUCGAGGAGGCUCACAAGCUUUAUUUCUAUUCUCUUCGCAUGAUAGAUGAACACGCUCCUGAACGUAAGCAAAUUGAAGCUCUGAUGCUGAAGACCAAGAAACGCAUUAUCCCUCCAAAGCGAGUGGAUCCCUUAACCGUUCUAGCUCCCGAACUGGUGUCAAUGAUAUUGGAACAUUUAGAUUUGCAGUCCACAUUACGAUUCAUACAAGUCUCAAAGCUUUGGCUCAAGCUGGGCAGUGGCCUCUCGAGGCAGUGGAAAAAUCUCAACCUUACCGUCGCCAAAAGACCGGUCAGUCUCUCCGCAGUGCGAGCCUUUGUGUGCAGAACCAACGGCGGCGUGAAAGAAGCAAGCCUUGCCCGCAUAAAUCCCACCGUCAUACCAAAGGUCCUUGAGCUCUUGUCUCGCUGCCCGGACCUAAACUACCUUAAAGUGACUGCGGAGCAAAAGAUCGACUCUCUCCCUGUCGUCAAUUUGAAAAAUCUCAAAACCUUGAUCGUGCUCAAAUGCACGCUUCCAAGGGACAAAUUUUGGGAUAUAAUGUCGUCUUGCCCGCGCCUCGAGCGAGUGGAAGCAUUCGUCGACGUAUCCUCCGACACUCCUGACUCUCUGCCGCAACUUUCAAAUUUGCGUUGUUUGAGGAUCCUUUUCAGCCACCCUCCGGGAUACCUCGUCACAGGAAACAUUCUUUUUCAGCAUCCCGAACUUAAAGAAGUGAUGCCAAAUCUUGAAGAGCUCCAUUUCGAAGGAGCCCCUUCCUCUCCUUGGGCGCAAGCUAUCUCUCUAUCAGAUUAUUCCAGCCUGAAGAAAUUCACGUACAUGAGGAUAUAUUUGCAUGGACUUCUUGUCUUGCCAGUCACGCUGGAGUACUUGCGUCUCGAACAUUGCACAUUCGCCCCUCCACUGCAGGGGAACCCAGUUGGUCAAUUUUCCCGUCUGAAGAGCGCCAUAUUCCAGUUCUGCUAUCCCCUGAGUCCUGACAUGCUAGAGUCCCUCCUAGUCAACAACGAGAGGACUCUAACUCACCUAACCAUCUCAUGGUGUUCGGACCUUGCGCAAGAGCACCUAGAACCUUUGAUCACCAGAGGCCUCUUCAGGUCAAUCACCCAUCUGGAUAUUUCAGGAGUCAUAGGCGUCAACGACGCCAUCACACCAUUAAUCAUCAACAACAUGCCCAACUUGAAAGUCCUUAAUCUCUCAGCAACCAGAAUCUCCGGGCUUACCAUCAAGCAACUCGUCGACGCAGAGACGCCGAAAAUUGAGAAAAUAGUCGUCGACACUGUGAGCAGGGAUGCGAUACAGUAUGGCCUCAGUCGAAAUAUACAGGUUUCACAACUGCCGUAGUGAAGGAGAAUACAACACUAUAUCCCUCGAAUAUAUAUGACUAUAUGUGCAGGGGAACGCUGCCCCCCUGGUGUGCUUCCUAGGACGAGUUCACCUUGUGGGAAGAAUACGAAGAUAACAUACCCGACAACUCUGACCAACAUGUUUUAAUGUCGAGACACGUGCUGGAUGUGAGUAAAGAUUUUUGCGGACUCAGCCCAGAAGCGAUACACCCCACUCUGAACUUCCUCUCGCAUAACUUUUUCCGCGUGAGGGGAGGGAACUGGCGGCGUUUAGGCUCCCGCAUCUCGGAGUGAAGCUUUUAACCCUUGGUGGAACAGUUUAAAACGAUAGCCAGCCAUACCAGGCUUAAGAGGACGGGAAAAGCAUCUGAAAAAAACAAAAAGGACCAUAAGGAUGCCCAACUAUAUUUCGACUCGUUAAAACAGCUAGGAUCUAGCUAACACAGACAAAUGAAAUUCGUGACAC